AGCUGCGCAAGCUGAAGGUGGUCGGAAUGGAGAUUCCCGAUAUGCUGGCUGGCUGGCACGUCCUCAAUCGAGCCGCGAUACCACCGAACGGAGCCACACAGGUGCGCAGCCAGUGCGGAGACGGUCCCAGCUGGCUGAAGGUUCGCAAGGUGCUGCUCGACACGUGCAGAGCGGAGGCUACGCCCGACAAGCGCGACGUGAAGAGGACCGAGCGGAUGCUCGCAGGAAGCAACGCCACCGCGGACGCGAAUUGCACGUGCGACUACGAGUGGGAGAGAGGUCUCGUCUACAAGGGUUCGUGCGUGGGCGAGGACGGCUAUUUUGAAGAGGACGCCAACUACGACCACUAUUACGAAGAUGAUGGCGGUUACGGGUGCGAGCAGGACGACGCCGACGGGACUGAGGACGUGCCGCCAGAUAUCGAGGAAGCGCAGGUUGCCUGCGACGAGGCGUACGUCAGCUUCAUCGAGAGCAAGAAGCGUGUGGCCGAGAUCGCCAAGUCCCGAGGCUUCAACCCGAUCGUUGCCCUGGCCCCUGACAACAACUUCACGCGCGAGCCGCGGUCGAGCACGUCGGGGUCGACCCAGCAGCGCGGUCCUCGAUUCAAGCGAUUUCGAGCUGGAGGCUUCGUGAACAAACAUGGAGAGUCGCACGUGGUCGGGGACGUGGGCGACGCUGCGGAAGCUGAGGAUCUCGAGUUUGCCAAUGCCAUCGAGGAGGUACACUUGGUCACGGUCGGCAAGGGCAUCCGCGAUGGAGGAGCUACUCGACCCGUCAUGGGCGAUCAGAAUUGGCGACAGCGGGGGGAGUAUCUGCGAGCCAAGCAGCUCAUUCACGACGCGAGGUGCGAGAACAGCGACCGCAGGCCGCGCAUGGAGGGGCGGGGGCUGGUCCAGGACUGUCGCGAGGGCAAGCUCAUGCCGAAGAGCCACCCCGAGCAAGGCUGGUGGAUGGCAUCCGAGCGCGACGAGAAGGGGCACUUCAUCAUCGACCUGCUAGGCCGUGCCAGCAACGCGCCCGACGACGUCGCGAACAUGGGCAUCCCCGCGGAAGGCGAGGGCAGCAACGCCAGCGACGACUCAUCCAAACGCGUUUCAAGCGAUUCGGGACCUGAGGGCGACGCCGCGGACUCGGACAUCGGGGGCGCCGACGCGCACUACCUGGAGACGUACGCGGAGUUUCUGGUCACAAGCGAGACGGACGAGAUCAUGGUCAUAGAGUCCGGGGGCCCAGAGGACGGCGCCAGGGAGGGCCCGGACGGCGUGCCGCAGGACGUCUGCUCAGACUUGAUCCACGCAUUGGAGAACGCCGAAGACGGGGUGUUCUCGCUACUGCAGGGCCCUGGUCCGAGGGUCGUCUGGGAGGUUUUUGCGGGCCUGGGCCGGCUCUCCGCCGAGCUGCUGAACUACCCGAUGGUCGAGGCGGUGCAUGUCAAGCAGAGCGAGGGCUGGGGCCUCUCGAAACCGCGCAUCAGUCGGCAGCUUCUGGAAGCCAUCGGCAGGGAGGAGCCAUGCGACAUCUUCUUUGCCCCGCCGUGUACCAACUGGUGCUCGUGGCAGCGCGCGAACGCGCCCCUCUCGGAGGAGCGCAAGGAGACGAUCGCCAUGGCGAGGGAGCGCGAGGAAGCCACCUUCCUGAAGAUGGCGAAACAGGCUUUCGACAAGCAGGACGCGAGGAAAAAGGUCGACGAGAUACGCGCCACAGAGGAAGUCGGACACGACUUCGACUUGGGCGAGUACAGCGACGCCAUGCGGGAGCUCACGGAACGCUACAACGUGUCCACCGCGCGGAACGCGGAGGCCCCAGCUGAAUGGAUCCAGUGCGCUUGGGCAUUCCAGUGCGAGAUUUGCAUGAAGCGCCAGAGGCCGCGUCCAGUCCGCGUAGCGGUCCUGCCCAAAGCCAAGCUCGUCAACCAAAGGGUCUGCACGGGCGUGUGCUACAUCACGUGGAAGAAGAAGAAAGAGCGCAGGGUCGUAGCCAUCAUGGGCGAGUUUUCCAGGUACGAGGUUGACUACCCGAUCAAAAAGGAAACGUUCAGGCGCGAGACGAACCUGUGGGGCAAAUUGUGGACCAGCUGGGGUGCUCACCACAAGCUUGGCCUGACGGAGCGCAAUCGCGCCGUCCGUCGAGAACAAAAGGCCAAGUGCCGCAUGCAAUUCCCCGACGACUCGCUGAAGACGGCCCUGGGGGUCACGGCCAACCAGCGGAACGCGCUGAGAAACGUCGGCGGUUUCUCUCCGGCGAUGCUAGCGUUGGGCGCGCAGCCCAAGAUCCCUGGGGCGUUGGGCGACGAGGGCUUGGGCUUAGCCGAGCAGUCCGCGUUGACCGACCCGAAGAGCGAGGACAGAGCGCUGGAGAUGCGUCGCUGGCGCGGGCCCGCGCUGGUCGUGGCCGCGGAGGCGAAGUCCAACGAGGGCGAGGCAAGGCCCGGCGACCCGUGCUGCCCGCUCAGCACCGUGGAGAAGCUGUGGAAGGCGCUCAAGCAGACCAGAGGGGCGUUCAACAUCCAGGACCUGCGAGAGAAGGGCGACAAGCCAGAGCGCGACGAGGCUGCGGACGACAUGGGCCAGCCCCCAGCAGCCGCCGCUCGCGCGGAAGCGGAUCAGGGGGCUGGGCAACCAGAGGACGCCGCGCCAGCAGCACCUGUUGACGUUCGCGCUGAGGAACCAGCCGCGGCCGCGCCGGCGAGCGAGCCGACCGGGGCUCGCAUCGAGCAGUUGGCCAAAUGCAGCGUGGAGGCGAACGGCCGCGUGGGCGGGCUGCCGAAUAAGAAGACGCGGCUCACCUGGAAGACGUUAGAAGCCAAAGCCAAGGACGCGAAGUUCAUGAAGGUCUUCAACAAGAACGAGGGGUUGGGGCCCAUCGACGAGUCCGAGGUCGACCCAGCCGCCUGCUGUCCGCUACGGUUCUCGCUGGAGUGGAAGCUGAAGGAUGGCGAGCAGGUGGCCGGCGCGAGAGUUCCGUGCCAGGGUGCCAAGCAUCGCGACGUGGUCGAGGGGCAGCUCGACAAGGAGGCGCCGGCCCUGAGCCGCCUCGGUCGUCGCGCCAUCAUGCUGCGGGCGACGGUGCGUAAGUGGAAAUGGGUUUCCGCCGACGUGAAGUCCGCGUUUCUUCGGGCUGACAGCGCGGAAUCCCGCGGGUUGAAGUUGUGCGCCACGCCUGCCGAGGAGAUGCGGGAGACGUUGUCGCAACAAAUCGGACUGGAACCUGGGCAGUUGUUGAAUGUGACCAAGCCAUGCUUCGGAGGCCCGCGGUCGCCCAAGCUGUGGCGCUACCGCUCCGAUGAAGACGCCAAAGAGACCAGGUUCAAAGACCGUCGGCUCGAGGACUGCCUGUCACUCAGCCUGGGGAUCGCGAAGGCCGGUGACGACCCGUUCGACUUUUGCGCGAUCGACGGCCAGAACUACUUGGUGGGCGGCCUGAUCGGGAAGCACGUGGGCGACUUCUUGGGAUGCGGAGAGAACGCGAAUGCGGGGGGCGAUCUGCGCGCGCCCGUGGACGACCCCGAGUCGUUCAAGGCCAAGCUCGCUCUACUUAACCAGGAGUUCGGUUUCGGCAAGUGGGACUUCGCGUUGGAGCUGAUGUUUACGGGUGGCGAGCUGGAACAGAACGUCAAAACCUACGCGACCGCGAUGAGGUUUCAGAAGUACUUGAACGCGGUCAAACCGAUCACCAUCGACAAGGACCUGCGAUUCCUGAAGGCCAAUGCGGACGUCGGGCUGUGCUUCCGUUUCGACAAGCCGUGGAUCGUCAUGAGGAUUGGAAGUUACUCGGAUGCUAGCUGGGCGAGCCAGCCAGACGGGAGCUCGCAUGGCGGCUGCCAGAUCUUCAUCGGGCCUGCCGAGGAGCUUGAGGCGGGCACACCUACGCCGAUUGUGGCGAUGGAGUGGGCUUCGAAGGAGUUGCAACGCCUGUGCAAGAGUUCGUUGUCAGCCGAGGCUCAGGCCGCCGCGUUGGGCGUGGACUCGCUCAUCUGGGUAAAGAUCUGCGUGGCGCUCAGCUUAAGGCCCGACCUGGCGGGCGACGAGGCGAUGACGUUCUCCGGCCAAUCCCCGUUCAUCACGGACGCCAAGUGCCUCUACGACGCCUCGCGGUCAGUUACCGCGGGGAUGGGCAUCGCCGAGAAGCGCGCCGCCAUCGAAGUCAGGUGGGUCAACACUCAGCAGCAGCUGGCCGAUGGGCUUACCAAGCUCAGUAGUCGCCAAACGCUAGCGGACAUCCUACGCGGUGGAGUGCGCGCGACGAAGUACGACCCGAACUUCGUGGCGGGGAAGAAGCUAACAAAGAAGCAGGUGGAGCUGCGCGAGCAAGAGCUCGGGCAAACCAGCGACGAGCCUGCGGGCCACACCGAUACUACGGUUCAGCCGAAGCAGAGAGCGCGACGUGAACACUACGGAACGAGCGGGAGGAGCCUGGCAGUUACUCCAGCUGCAGGCGCCGCUUCAGGGAGCCAGUGGCUCGAAGCGGGCACCUCGAUGGAUCUGGACGGUGGCGCGUGGGACUUCCUGAAGUUUCUCGUGUUUGUGAUUGUGCUAUCGCUGGGCGUCGGGCUGGCGAUCGGCGGCUGCAUGGGGAGAAAGGUUGGCGCAACGCUGGCCCAGCAGAAGAUGGAAAACCCGAUGGGCGCG